GAAUGUAGAAUCAACAAAAUUCACUUCAGUUUUGAGCCUCUUUAGAUAGUUAUUAACAUGUUAGCAAAUUUAUAGCUACUGAAUUUUUUUGAAGAAAAUAGAGGCUUCUUUUGCAGGCCAGAGAUCAAAACCAUAAUGGAGCUUCAUGUAUGGGAAGGAGAUUCCAGUUAUGGCCUUCCAUCAAUGGAUUUAGAGAGCUUGCAAAUCAUGAUGUAUGUGAAAUUCAGUGGAGCUCCCGUCAAGAUCAUCAAAUCCAUGAGCCCGGCCCAUGCACCCUCACGCAACCUUCCUGUGCUGUCUUGCCCAUCAGGAAAUCUCAACAAAUUUUCUGCCAUCACUGCUCAUCUAAGAAGAAAGAACUUCAGUUGUGAUCACGAGUUGACAAGAAAGCAAUGUUCAGAUGUACUGGCUUAUCAGCAGCUGAUAGAGGAGAAGCUUUUCCCUGCAUUUGUAUACUUAUGGUGGGUGGAGCCCAGGAGUUACCAGGAAAUCAUUCAUAAAUGGUAUUACUCUCGAAUGAGGUUCCCUUACAAGCUUUGGGUGCCAAGCAACCGACACAAUGCUUAUAAAGCGUUCAUUGAGUCCAUUGUUGAUGAACCUGAUGACGAGGUAGCCGUUGAAACUGAGCUCUUGAAACGGGGGCAAGAGUGUCUGACCCUCCUCAGCGUGCGCUUGGGCGAUAAAGGAUUUUUCUUUGGCAGUUCACCAUCAAGUCUUGAUGCUAUUUUGGCUCCCUACCUUGCGCUUCUGCUCAAAGUAGACCUGCGUGUACCAGCCCUGCAGAACCACCUUAGACAAUGCCCCAACCUAACGGCCUAUGUCAGCAGGGCCCUCGCUACGUGCUUUCCUAAUGAGAACCCUAGCAGCAUCGGCUAUGGGCGAGACAAGCCCCGUGGCCCUCCUCCUGCCGAAGAUGGCGUCAAUAAAACCAGCCUCAUCUUCUUCACUCUGGCUGCAGCUCUCGCGAAUUUCGGUUACGUCUUUGCUUCUGGCCUCGUUCGCGUGGACUCGGGUGAUGUGUCUGAUGAUGGAGAGGAAUACGGAUUAGCUGAAGAAGAAGAAGAAGAACAGCACGAGUGAACGACACAGGCAUCAACUGUCGUCAUCACCUAUGUUUCGUUCUUGAUUUCCGUGUACAAUUUGUAUUUUAUUCAUUUCAGAUGUUCAUUGCUCAAAUAUGUUGACUUGCUAGACAAAGUUGUGAUAGUCAUAUUUUAGUGUUUGGUAUUCUGUUAGUUUCGUUGAAGUGUUAGCGUAUUUUUAGGAAAGUGACUUGCCAGCACUUGGAUUUUGCCAUGAUCUCUGUAAUAUACUACAGAAAUUCUGCAUUUGCAUUGAAAAUACUUGUAAUAUAGGCAGUUCAUCCGCGUUCUUAACCUCCUUGCUAUUGGUCACAUUCUGUCUUCAUGGAAUGUCAGACAGAAAAAAAUAUAGCAACUAUAAUUUGUAAAUGCAAUAUACUGAAGAACUAGA